UAUAUUUUAUUUCCAUAAAGAGAAGAAGUAGAAAGCAAGUCUCCCUGCUAAAUCUUUGUCCCCCUGGAUAAAAAAAAUAUUGAUGCUUUGCUACUUGCCAUUUGGUUGUCUGACAUCUGAAGCUUUGAAUUAGCAAUCCCUUUGUCUUUGUUCCACUCUUCAAAUUUGGGACUCGAACCCGUGUUAUGUGGCUCUAAUACCACUUUUAGAUCAAGUGCUUACCACUUACGUCAAAAGUUGUAGCUAGUAGCAAAGUCGCAACUUUAUUUCCUUCUAUCGUCAAACAUUUUUGAGUUGCUGGGUGCUGGACUGGCCUUUUAAGCCUCCGCCCAACAAUCCUUCAGCCACUCCGCCCAACAAUCCUUCAGCCACUGGGUGUUAGACUUAGCCUUUACCGGCCUCUACCCAACAUGAUCUUUCAUAAAUGCACUCAUUCUUAUAAGGUUAAAUAAAAAAGCAGAAAAUAGGGUUUGUUUAUGCAACAGUUCUUCAUUUGACUCAAUUCAGCUAGUGGUGGAGCUCUGGGGUUCAAUAAUCAAUGCACUUCCCAGCUGUAUUGUUACUCUUUUUGGCACUUUUUCCCACAGUAUUAACACAAACUGUUGAACAUGCUGAACUUUUAAUUGAAACAACUGCAAGGAUUUCGGAUACGGAUGCUAAUUAUAUAUGUGCUACCCUUGAUUGGUGGCCUCACGAGAAGUGUAACUACAACCAAUGCCCUUGGGGGUCAUCUUCUGUGUUAAACCUGGAUUUAUCUCACCCCUUUCUUGCCAAGGCUAUUCAAGCUUUUGAGCAUUUGAGAUUGCGGCUCGGGGGUUCAUUGCAAGACCAAGUUCUUUAUGAUGUGGGCAAUCUGAAGACUCCCUGUCAUCCAUUUAGAAAGCAGAAGGAUGGGCUGUUUGGAUUUUCUAAUGGAUGCCUACCUAUGGAUAGGUGGGAUAAGCUAAACAGCUUUUUCAAGAGGACAGGAGGACUUGUUACCUUCGGUUUGAAUGCUUUACACGGGAGACAGAAGAUAAAAAAGCAAUGGAGAGGAAACUGGCAAUCCAGCAAUGCCCAUGAUUUUAUUAACUACACUAUUUCCAAGGGUUACGAGAUAGACUCAUGGGAAUUUGGUAAUGAGCUGUGUGGUACAGGUGUCGGUGCAAGUGUUGAUGCCGAACUAUAUGCAAAAGAUAUGAUCAGACUAAAAUCUCUCAUAGAUCAACUGUAUAAAGACGUCCACCCAAAGCCUCUUCUAUUGGCACCUGGAGGGUUUUACGAUAAGGUGUGGUUUGAGAAGUUUCUUGAUGUUUCAGGGCCAACCACUGUCAAUGCUUUGACACAUCAUAUAUACAAUCUAGGACCAGGAUCCGACCAUAAUCUCAUUAGUAAAAUUUUAAAUCCCAAGUACUUGGAUAAGAUAUCAUAUACAUUUCGAAAUCUUACACAAACCAUUCAAGCAAAUGGUCCUUGGGCUUCAGCUUGGAUUGGAGAAUCUGGUGGCGCCUAUAAUAGCGGUGGUCGUAAUGUGUCCAACACCUUUGUCAACAGUUUUUGGUAUGUAGAUCAGCUUGGGAUGGCGGCCAAGUACAAGACAAAAGUCUAUUGCAGGCAGACUUUAAUCGGUGGAAACUAUGGGCUCCUUGACACAAACACGUUUAUCCCAAAUCCUGAUUAUUACAGUGCACUUCUAUGGCAUCGUCUUAUGGGAAGAGGAGUGCUUGAUGUUAACAGCAAUGGAUCGCCAUAUUUACGUUCUUAUGCCCACUGCACAAAAGAAAGAGCGGGUGUCACGUUGCUUCUAAUAAACCUAAGCAACCAAACGGAGUUCAGCGUUGGCGUUAAAUCCACUACAAGCAUCAGCUUGCAUGCCAGUGCGAAAGCGCAGCACAAGAAAAGGUCGUUCCUGCACGGGCUAAAGCAAACCGUUUCAUGGGUAGGAAGUAAGGCAUCGGAUGCACCAUUGUCCCGAGAAGAAUACCAUCUAACUCCAGAAGACGGGAACCUUCAAAGCAGAAGCGCGCUCCUGAAUGGAAGACCAUUACAGCUUAGCAAAACUGGAGACAUACCGAGUUUCUCACCAGUCCUCGAAGAUGUAAGCUCUCCCGUUUCUAUUGCCCCCUUGUCCAUCAAAUUCAUUGUAUUUCCUAACUUCAUUGCUCCAGGUUGCCGGGAGGUUUGACAUAUAUUCUAAGAUUCUGAAACGCUUACUAAUGUUUUAGUUACAUACUGGCAUUCUGCAAAUGUAUUAUAGCUUAGCAUAGCACCAUGUAUUACUAGCAUAUGUUGUUGCAAAUUUUCUUUCCACCUUGGCUUGUACUUUCAAUAUGAAUAAAUGUUCCAAAAUCAAUAUAUAUAUAUAUAUAUUUUCCCUUCCACAGUUUA